AUGCCCCUGCCACCGAUAACGCUAUGCUUGGUGAACUCAUCCAAUCCAUGGGCAACGACCGCCGGGGACAUCCAGAAGCUGUUCGAUUGUCCUCGUACAGGAGCUGUCACCACACGCACAAGCCUUCUCAACGGCUUCGCUCACGAUGCAAAUAUACAUCAGUACACGUUCUUCAGUUCAGAUGAGCACAAGGCCCACCCGCACACUGCUGAUGAUGCAGAUGUACCUGCCAGCUUCAGUGGCAGCUUGAACACGCUCGGCUACAGUCCGAUAGACCUGGCUUCCUAUCUUGCGAUGCUGGGACGCGUGAUGGCCGAUUCAACUCUCCCUGAUGCAUUGCGACGGAGCAAGCCAUUCAUCAUCUCUGUGACUGGGCCCGCCCAAGCUGUGGCGGAGUGCUAUCGCUGGAUUCAGGCGCUGCAAACCAUCAUGCCGAAUCCUCUGUGCAUGGAGAUCAAUCUUUCGUGCCCGAACAUACCUGGCAAACCACCUCCAGCGUAUUCUGGGUCGUCGUUGUCCGAGUACCUUCAAGCAUUGGUCAAGGAGCGACAUUCUAACACCGAUGCCAAGAAAAUCGCCAUUGGGAUCAAAACGCCUCCGUAUACUUAUCAUGACCAGUUUCAGAUCUUGAUCGAUGCUCUGCUCGCAGUCAGCGAGCCUCAGUGCCCAAUUGACCUCAUCACGGCGACAAAUACCCUUGGCUCAAGUUUAGUGCUCGCUGAUACACAUGGCACACCUGCCCUCAACUCAGCAAACGGUGCAGGCAUUGGUGGCAUGGCAGGCGCACCGUCGAUGCUGGAUCAACACGAUAGUCUGCGUGCAAUCGAGAUCAUAGGCGUGGGUGGGGUCAACGACCGAAGCGGCUAUGACAGAAUGCGUGCAGUGGGUGCAUCCAUCGUAGGUGUGGGAACUGCCCUUGGUCGUGAAGGUACCGAAGUCUUCGAGAAGAUCAUGAUUGCUUCGAAGUGA